AUGGCUUCAACAUAUCUUCAGCCGCUUGAAACACCAGUUCGUACUAUAAUAUUGUGUUUCACGCUUUGGAAGGUCUUGCUUCUACUCAUUGCAGCUUGUAGUCCAGGUCCGGGCUAUGAUACAUCUACCAGUCUCUUAUUGUCGACUCUACAUUCAGUUGGACAGAAGAAGUUACCAUUGGUAGUGCAGUAUCUCAUCGGCAAAUUGGUAAGAUGGGAUGCAAUAUACUUCGUACGCGUGUCAAAUCGCGGGUAUCUCUAUGAACAAGAAUGGGCAUUUGGAUGGGGCUUUACCCGCAUGAUUAAAUUUAGCACUAUGGGACUUGGAUAUCUUGGGAUACCUCACUAUGAUGGAAUGGAGGGGUUGGUGGGGAUACUCCUUGCUCAUAGCUCUCAUCUACUUUCGAUUCUCGUCCUCCACAGCUUGACCUUGACGCUCUUCCCCUCGAAGAGAUUUGCGUUGGUCACAGCUCUUUUGCACGUCAUAUCACCAGCUGGCAUAUUUAUGUCUGCUCCAUAUGCUGAGAGUUCUUGUGCUCUUUUGACCUUUUUGGGAGUAUUCCUAUUCACGAAAAGUUUCGGCUCUGGAGCGAACAACGCAACUUUAGGUCACGAUCUUCUAGUCCUCCUUUCUGGCAUAGUCUUCGGGGUUGCUACUACUUUCAGAAGUAAUGCGUUGCUCAAUGGACUCCUCCUGCUCGAGGAAGCGUUCAGAACUUUCAUCAGUUUAGGUAAUGGGUUCAAGAUAACCACCAUCCGUCGUCUCAUCAUCACUGGUUUGGGAGGCAUAUGUGUCGGAACCAGCUUCCUCCUACCACAGUAUCUCGCAUAUCAAGAGUAUUGUGGGGAAACAGCCCUCGAGAGUUCAAGACUUUGGUGUACAGAUGCCAUUCCAAGUAUAUAUACUUUCGUGCAAGGCUACUACUGGAAUGGUGGAUUGUUCAACUAUUGGACGUUGCCAAAUAUACCUCUGUUUCUACUUGCAAUGCCUAUGAUCAUAAUCCUAGGAGUAUCUAGUAACUGGGGUAUACGGGAUCCUCAGCUCCAACAAAUCUCAGCUACCCCUAAGAAAGAAAGUAUUACAACAGUCGAUAAGAUCCAGUAUGCCCACAAAGUUCAGAUAAUCCGGAAUUUAGCCCUCUCACAGUUGAUUCUCACAGCAAUUACGUUCACAAGCGGUCAUGUUCAGAUCAUCACAAGGAUAUCAUCAAUCUGUCCUGUGUAUUUAUGGUAUAUGGCGGCUUCGGUUGGGAAAGAAAAAGAUUCAACUAUCACAAGUGUUGGAAGAUUUAUGAUAAUAUAUGCCGGUAUUCAGGGUGGCUUGUUCUCAUCAUUCUUACCACCUGCAUAA